CCCGCCUACUCGGUCCAGCGUCCUGUAAACGAACGCGCCCUAGCACCUGCAGUUUCUGCUUCCGGGUCGCGCAUUGACAGCGGCUUUCCAGACCCAGCUCAACCUGAGGUUCGGUGAGUGCGGUCGUCUUUGUCUAAAGGCAGUUUGGAGCAUGUGAACACACUUUGAGCCUUGAUGAGUUCCAGUAUGUGGUAUAUCAUGCAGAGCAUUCAGAGCAAAUACUCUCUCUCGGAACGCUUGAUCCGAACAAUCGCCGCCAUCCGCUCCUUCCCACAUGAUAACGUUGAGGACCUCAUCAGAGGGGGAGCAGAUGUGAACUGUACCCAUGGCACGCUGAAGCCCCUGCACUGUGCCUGUAUGGUGUCAGAUGCUGACUGUGUGGAGUUACUCCUGGAGAAAGGAGCUGAGGUGAAUGCCCUGGAUGGUUACAACCGAACAGCCCUCCACUAUGCAGCAGAGAAAGAUGAGGCUUGUGUGGAGGUGCUGUUGGAGUAUGGUGCAAACCCCAAUGCUCUGGAUGGCAACAGAGAUACCCCACUUCACUGGGCUGCCUUCAAGAACAAUGCUGAGUGCGUGCGGGCUCUCCUCGAGAGUGGGGCCUCUGUCAAUGCCCUGGAUUAUAACAACGACACACCACUCAGCUGGGCUGCCAUGAAGGGAAAUCUGGAGAGCAUCAGCAUCCUUCUCGAUUAUGGUGCCGAGGUCAGAGUCAUCAACCUAAAAGGCCAGACGCCCAUCUCCCGCCUAGUGGCUCUGCUAGUCAGGGGACUUGGAACAGAGAAGGAAGAUUCCUGCUUUGAGCUUCUCCACAGAGCUGUUGGACACUUUGAAUUAAGGAAAAAUGGUACUAUGCCACGAGAGGUGGCCAAAGACCAGCUGCUGUGUGAAAAGCUGACUGUGCUGUGUUCAGCCCCAGGAACUCUAAAAACACUGUCACGCUAUGCUGUGCGCCGUAGCCUGGGACUCCAGUAUCUGCCAGAUGCAGUGAAGGGCCUUCCACUGCCAGCUUCUUUGAAGGAAUAUCUGUUACUUGUAGAAUAGGCCAGAGAAGACACUUGUACUAUCAUGCAGGCAAAUCUGGGUGAGGUUAUCCCACCAUCUUUAUCCCAGUACCAUCUUUUUUUCAUGGAAAACAGAAAAGCAUUUG